AGGCCUCACGUGAAGAAGCAAGGCUCCCGGCCGCGACCAAAAGCUAUCAUCAGGGCCAUGAGGAGCUACCUCAUUGAUCCUGCGGGUGAAACAAAAGUGUCUGAUGAAAAAGCGCGUGAAUCGCUGGCGGAUAUCCUUGAUGAAACUUUAAAAGCUGGCAUAAUUCCCACGGCACCUUAUCCAGAAGGGAACCAAGGAGUGUCUGGUGCUACACCCUUGCAGUUGCAGAGAGCGUUGGCAGUCCUCGGGAUCUCACCGGCAGAGAUAAAUCCAGAUGAUCCAGCCUGCCAGCACAUAUCUGCUACUUUGAAAGCUGCAAAAAUGCUUGGGGCCUCAUCACCGACAAAUGCAGCAGGUUCUCACACCAAGAGAAAAGAUACGAGCGAUGAAGUGACUACGACAGUCGAGGAAGUGAAGCGGCAGCGGACCACAGCGGCAUUUGGUGAAGCAAGUCCGGUGGUGCCCAUGGUUGAAGCUGCGGCGAACGGGACCAAGUCGAACUAGUCAGGUCCAUAAACUGCCACCGCUGCUGCUGGAUCGUUUGGGCCGCUCAUCACGUCACCUGCUCGAGGCUUGCAUGUCUCGUAAAACUUCUACGUACAACACUGUUUCGUGAUCAUGCAACUAUAUAUAUGCUACUAGCAACUACUACUGCUUGUGUUAGGAUUACUAUCGAUUAUGUAUGCCAGUGACAUGUGAGCUGCUGGGUGAA